AUGGAAAAGCUUCGCCCAGAGAACAGUGUUCUCUCGUGUGCAUCCGGUAUUGGCAUCGCAAACCAAGGAGAUCUCUGGGAAACAAUUAGAUCAUCCCAUGUCAAUGUGUACCGAUCAGCGAUCACGGAUAUCGACACUGUCAGGGAGAAAACCACGGGUUCAUCCACAAAAGCUGCGGUGCACUUAGCGGACAGUAGUUGUAUCGAUGAGAUUGAUCUGGUCAUCCACGCGACCGGAUAUAAGCCAAUAGUCCCGAUUCGGUUUGAACCUGCAAGUCUCCGUCUAGAACUGGGUCUGUCGGCCCUGGUGGACAAUAUCCACGAGAAUCGUGAAAUUGCAGCGCAAACAGCGGAGAGAAUCAAUGGACCACUCGAAUCAACCAUAAAUGACCGCAUCCAAUACUGGGAGGAUCUAGAUCAACGUUCCGAGGUCAUGGUCAGGAAGACUUUGAAUGCGACGAGAUGCGCUCUUCCAGAUCGGAGACCUCCCUCAUGGACCGAAUCUCACAAGCUGGUACCAUAUCGCCUUUUCCGCCGUAUGGUUGCACCUGAAUUAGUCGCACAAGGCGACCGCUCCUUUGCAACGCUCGGGGUUAUUUUAUCCUCCACUAUUGCUGUUGUUGCAGAGGUUCAAGCUCUUUGGGCCCUCUCGCUCGAAAAUCUUUCGCUGGAGGCUAUGGAGAAUACUAUCUCCGAGGAUGUGGUCCUGGGCUCAUUGACGGGAACUGGCCUUGAAGUAGAGGCCAUUCAGUAUAACGAUAUGCUCUUGCGCGAUUUGGGUCUGAAUCCAUAUCGACUCGGGGGCGGGUUCUACACUGAGCUGACAGGGGUGUAUGCCCCUUCGGUCUAUGCUGGAAUUGUGGACGAGUGGAAGAAGAGUCGAAGUUUGGCGGAGAAGAAGCUGUAG